AUGAAGGCGCUAAUUCUCGUCGGCGGCUAUGGCACCCGUCUGCGCCCUCUCACUCUCUCCUGCCCCAAGCCCCUUGUCGACUUCUGUAACAAGCCCAUGAUCCUGCAUCAGAUCGAGGCACUUGUUGCCGUCGGUGUGACAGAGGUUGUCCUCGCUGUCAACUACCAGCCUGAAAAGAUGAUGGCCUUCCUCGAAAAACAAGAAAAGGAGCUCGGUAUCAAGAUCACCACUUCACAGGAGUUUGAGCCCCUCGGCACCGCAGGUCCAAUUAAGCUCGCCGAAAAGUAUCUCAACGACAGCGAGCCCUUCUUCGUCCUCAAUUCAGAUGUUUCAUGUGAUUACCCCUUUGAAAAGAUGAUCGAAUUCCAGAAGGAGACCGGUGCUGGCGGAGUGUUGCUCGCUACCCCCGUGGACGACCCAUCCAAGUUUGGCGUCAUUCUGUACGAUGAUCACGGCAAGAUUGAGAGCUUUGUGGAAAAGCCCAAGGAAUUUAUAUCCCGCUUCAUCAACGCAGGUAUCUACUAUCUCACCCCAGGCGUGUUUGACCGCAUCGAACUCAGACCUACCUCAAUUGAGAAGGAAGUAUUUCCUCAGAUGGCCUCGGAAGGCCUUUUAUACGCGAUGGAACUCAAGGGCUUCUGGGCCGACGUCGGUCAGCCCAAGGACUACCUCGCCGGCCAGACGAUGCGUCUGGCCGCAUUUGAGGUUAACAACAGAGAGAUGCUCGCCCAUGGGCCGGGUAUCGAAGGCAACGUGUUAGUGCACGCCAAGGCGAUCAUAAAGAGCGGGGCUGUGGUGGGACCGGACGUGGUCGUCGGGGAAGGAUGCGUAAUAGAGGAAGGCGCGCGCGUCAAGAGUGCGACAUUGCUCAAAGGGGCGCACGUAGGGGCACAUGCUUAUGUGAAUAAGUCAAUUGUCGGGUGGGCGUCGAGGAUUGGGAAAUGGGCACGCGUGGACAAUCAUUCUGUGCUCGGCGAGGACGUCUCCGUGGCGGAUGAGGUGCUCGUGAAUGAGUCGAUUGUGUUGCCGCACAAGGGAGUCAAGAGCAAUUUGGCGACGAAGACGAUUGUGCUGUGAGGAAUUUUGUUAUGUUAGGGCGCUUGUUGGAUUUUUGUUUUGUUUUGCGAUGCAUAACGAUGGUAAAGCGAGCGUUGACACGCGAAUAUGAAGCUGCAGCGUAUCCAACUAUGUAGUUGAGAGAGAGUGACGGACAGCUGGAUGGGUGCUGGGGAGGAGGAAAGGAUGAAGCUUUAACCCUUUUUUGAUGAGUGGUCAUAAAAGAUUCAUACCCUCAAAUUGACA